UGACAGCUCCGACGCGGCGAUAUUUGAAAGCGACAUCGAGGCAUGAUGAUGAUAUCUUAACAGUGCAAAAAAAUGAUGUCUGGCAUGAGACCAAUUCGACUGGGAUAUAUCCUAUCCUAUUCUCCUUCUGAUGAAGCUGGAUGAUGUUGAGUGUACCAAAAAGUAUUAUUGGCUGUUUUGCUUAUUUGAAAUCUCUUUUUGUUUGACGCCUUAGAUUUCUUUUCAAGUUGCAGAUCCUAUUAAAUGCUCUCGAGCUGCUGGCAGAGUUGGCAGCGUUGCCAGCCAAGAAGAGUGAAGGGACCAUGGUCAAGUUCGCCCUAGCUAUAUCGCUUCUAGCAUCUUGGCCGUUGCGAGCUUUUGCUGGCAAUGACCUAGGCGAAGCCAAAACACGGAAGCUUCAUGGCCGUUUUUUACAUAUCACUGAUAUACACGCCGAUACGAACUACAAACCGAAUUCCAAUACCGAUGGGGAUCAUGAAUGUCAUCGAGGAUCUGGAAAUGCAGGCUUUUACGGAACCGUCGGCUCCAACUGCGACUCCCCUCUUACACUGGUAAACGCGACAUUUGCAUGGAUUCAAGAAAACCUCGCACACUCGAUCGACUUCGUUGUUUGGACGGGCGAUUCGGCACGUCAUGACAAUGAUGAAAAAAUUCCUCGCACGGAGCAAGAGAUUCUUCAUAUGAACCAGUUGCUGGCCGACAAGUUUCAUGAUAUCUUUUCUAAAUCGGACGAACACAAAAAGGGAAUGCGAAUUCCGGUCGUCCCUACAAUCGGAAAUAAUGAUAUAAUGCCCCAUAAUAUCUUGAAGAAGGGUCCUAACCACUGGACUAAGAGGUUUGCUCGCAUCUGGGACAACUUUAUUCCUGAGGAACAGCGCCAUUCAUUCGUUCAAGGUGGUUGGUUUUAUGUGGAGGUUAUUCCUCACAAAUUGGCUGUUAUUAGCCUUAAUACGAUGUAUUUCUAUGGCUCAAACAGCGCUGUUGACGGAUGCGCGCAUAGAGACGACCCCGGGUAUGAGCACAUGGAGUGGCUGAGAGUCCAGCUCCAGUUUAUGAGGAAACGGAAUAUGAAGGCAAUUCUAAUUGGACACGUGCCCCCAGCUAGAACAAGCUCCAAGGAGAAUUGGGACGCAACAUGCUGGCAGAAGUAUACGCUCUGGCUACAGCAAUACCGCGAUGUAAUCGUUGCCAGCAUGUUUGGACACAUGAAUAUUGAUCAUUUUAUGUUCCAGGAUAGCAACGAUCUUAAGAUCGGUGAUAAAGGAACGGAAUCUCAACCCACGCGGGUAAGGCGGCGCAACCGGGAUGAUCAGGUGGUUUCCGUACAAGCGCGGAUGAAUUAUUUAACGAAUCUAAGGCAUGCUUGGUCACAAUUACCGUCUCCGCCUAGUGCAUCAUCUUCCGUGCAUUUCGAUGAUAAAAGUCAGCUUAACGACGAAUUUGGUUUUGGCUCAGCUUUGGAUGUGAACACCAGGGGCAAAAAGAAGGAAAUGAGAAAAUAUUUAGAGGAGAUUGGUGGACCUUGGGCGGAAAGAUACAGCGUAUCCCUGGUAUCACCCAGCAUCAUUCCGAACUACUAUCCGACUUUGCGCGUCAUCGAGUACAAUAUAUCCGGGUUAGAAAACGCCGUGCUCUGGUCGGAAAUAACUGCACAUAAAGGAAAACCGCCACAGCAAACAUUACCGCUCUUUAAUGACCCUGAUGUUGGUGCUCAGGAUCCGUCCCGGGGAGAUGAAAAGAAGGGUAAGAAAAAGAAGAAGAAGCCGAAGAAGCCAAAGUUUGAAGUUCCCGAACCCCCAUCUCCCACAGCACCACCAGGGCCAGCGUAUUCGAACCAGCCGUUCACACUUCUUUCAUAUACGCAGUACUUUUUCAAUUUAACGGAGCUCGAGAAUGUCGAAACUAUAAUGUCGAUAACUGAUCGACUCCACGAUCAGAAACACCUCAGCUGGCGAGAGUACCGUUCGAGAAAAUCUGGCGACGCCCACAAGCCAAACAACAUCUCCUUCGAAGUGUUUUAUGAUACCAAAACGGAUAGGGCAUAUAACCUGAAGGAUUUGACGGUUAAUAGCUACCUGGAUCUGGCGAGAGGGAUUGCGGAGAAGGAGAGAUCGAGCGGGAAGGGAACGAAAGCAGAUGUGCUUCUUAAUGAUAAUAUUGUUGGUUGUCCGGAUGGGGAGGCUGAGAUACCACCAACAGGCGAAGGAAAAGGAGAUGAAUGGCUCGUAAACGAAAAUGAAGACCCGUCGUUGGAUUCCCGAUGCACCCGGUUGGAACCAUCGCUGCUAGUGACGAAGUCUCGUGAGAGUCUUUGGUCUGUGUUCGUGCGGCGAGCAUUCGUUGGGUUUGUCAAUGGUAACACGUGAACAAGCUUUACGCAACAGUAUCGUUCUGGCAUAAUUCCCGAGAUUCUUCAUUUUCCCUUCUGUCUUCCGGCUAUAUCUUUGUGGCGUAGGCAUGUCUUUUUCUUUUUGUAUAAUCAAUCCUUGGAUGUCCGUUACAUAUACAUUUUGAAAAUUCCUUUGAAGGCUGCAGUUUAUUUUGGUUUUAUGUCCCGUUUCUUCAUAAUUUGAGCGACUUUUUCUUUUCUCGCAAUUUCUUUAUGUAUAUAUCUCGACGUUCGAUCUAUGUUUACGAUGAUAUUUCUACUUCUCAUUUGCAUUCCUUGGAAACUUAAUCCGGAUAUAUUUUCUUGCAUUAAUUAUAAUCUAGAGACAUUCACUAAAUACAAUACACACAUGUAGCAGCUAGACUUUUAAUCAACUCACUACUCAUUAUAUAUUGUCAACAAGUACUGUUGACAGAGACAUGCAAUAUAGAUUGACUGAGGGAAAAUUACAGAUAACUGGCGAAAGGUUAGAAGUGUCUCUUCUUUUCUUUUCAUCUCCCUCAUUUUCUUUUGUUUGUCUCCUUUCCCUUUCCUUUUCCUGGUACAAAGAAUGCUAUACAUUUCGCAGAUGCCUAAGCUUGACUUUCCUCACCCAUGCGAGCUUUGAAGUACGUACCCCUUCGGCUAGAUGCUUAUCCACAA